AUGGCCGAUGUGUGGAGCGAUGUCACCGAGCAACCGAUCCCUGUCAUCAAGUCAGGCACAUGCCCCAAUGUUAUUGCCGAUUCGACACGCCGUCUUCAACAAUGCUUACAAGAACAACUCACUCACCUCGACACUCGUGCAAAAGCCUUGGCAACUUGCGGCAACUUUGAAGCAGCCUUGAAAGAUGCAACUAGGAUACGACAACUGGUUCCUUCUUCCGCUGCUGGAUACUUGUGUGCUGGUCACGUGUAUUCACUUCAAGGGCGACAAGAGGCGGCGAUCGAUAUUUAUGAUGAGGGGCUGGCUGCUGUUCCAUCAUCUGAUCCAUCUCAUCAACGACUUGUGGAAGCACGAUCCAUGGCUCAACAACGUGAUAGCACAAGAAUCGAUUUCAUCAACAAGCUCCCUUUGGAUAUUACUAUGAAUAUCGUACCAAGAAUCAUGUUGUGUGAUGGAUCAGUACCACCAAGUGAAAUCCGAGAUUAUCUUGAGGUGUCACGUGUAUGGCGAGAGAAGCUACUAGCCUGUGUUGGAGAAUUGCAUGUAUUGAGCACAAUCGAUGACAGCCAUCUGGAUGAUAAGGAAUUGCUUGGUCUGAUUGCACCUUAUUGUACAACCCUUACGCUUGAAAGUAAAGUUACCUGUUUACGUCAAUUCAUAUCGGAUACACAGUUUCCUCUGUUACGGUCCUUGCACAUAGUCCAGGCAUGGGACUCUGCUGGUGGCGAUUAUGAUGAAGAAGAUGAAUAUGGCAGUGGCUAUCUCCGGGACAUCAUUGCGUCUUUUCGAUCUACAGCAACAUUGACCCACUUGAGGAUCUUUGCAGAUGAGUCUUGCUACAUCCCCUUUGCCGAUAUUCUCAGCAACUGCCCAAGCCUUGUUGACUUGGAAGCUACCUGUAUCGAUUCGGACAUGUCUACUGCACCCACGAGCUGCCCCAAUAUGAAAUCGGUGUCGUUUAUGUUGAAUGAAGAACAAGAGUUUGACAUGGAUGAUAUCACCAAACGAUUCCCUGAAUUGGAAAAACUUGUGAUUUCGCCUUUUUAUUAUGCGGGAGCUUUGAGUACUAUCCAAAGGAACUGCCCAAAACUCAAAAUCAUCGGUAGCCAUGGAGAUGGUGGUUUCCUCGCAACAACCAAUGAUGACGAUACGCCUACAACUACUAUGGAUGGUGUGCGGAUGUUAUAUCUUCAUGACUAUGUUACUCACUGGCUGGAUCCGUACGAAGGCGAGAUGGACUACGUGAUGGAAUUCAUGCAACAAAACAGCCACACAUUGCAAGACGUCUCUUUUUACACAUCAUUCCCUUACAGUGAUGAACCACCUAUUGUUGCUAAUAGCCAUGCUGUCACAUUCCCCCAGAUGACAAGUUACAAGCAGCAAAAAAUAUACGUACCGCAACAUCUACGCAUCGCCAAAAUGGUUGUACAGAAAUCACCUCAUUUGAAGCACUUUGAACUUGUCAGAGGAGGUUUUGAUGAUGAUGACAAGAUCUAUGUCAAUGUCGGCGAACUAUUUGAUGACUUGAUUGGUCUUUCCACACUUAAAUCCGCUAUCAUCAAAUUGGCGAGUAAUGAUCCUAUGUUGGACAAGGAAAGUGUCGAGCGCUUUAUCCAGUACCACAGCACGAUUGAUUCGCAAUUACACACGCUGAUACUUCCACAGAACAUGCGCCUAUCCAAUGAUGCGUUGGACACAUUGACAGCAUUGCCACAGCUCAAGACAUUGGGACUUGAUUUGUCUUUGGUGCAAGAUGAAGAUGCUAAGGAUGACGAAAAGGUUUCAAGCUUCAUUCAAAAACUGGGGUCAGGAUGUCCACAAUUACAACACCUCGAGCUACUCAGCGAGGGUCCAAUUCCCGAUGUCGUCUUUGUACAGCUGUCCAAGUUGAACAUUACGUCGCUUCAAUUGACGAUGCUAUCUCCCAUUAUGGGCAAGAAGAAGGCGGCAACAAGUUUAUUGCACCUACUGGAAUGCCCACAGUUACAGGAGCUCUAUAUUUCUCCUCCCUGCAACACAAAGAAUCAAACCAAUGCUUUUAUUAGAAGAAUGCUAGAAAGCCAAAUACCAAAACUAUGCUGGUAG